UAAGAAAUCUUGCCUGCCCUGAGUAGCGAUGGUGGGCAUGAGUGUUCUUCGGUCUGCUGCUGCUUUUGCAGCCAGGCUAAAUCCUCUCAAAUCAGGAAAUUUUGCGCCGAACUUGCUCAGUAGAACUGCAAUACGCACUGAUAAAGUGGCAGUCCGCUGGGAAAGCCACGGGAAGCAGAUGUUUGUCAUUAAGCCCACUGGCUACUAUGAUACGAGGUUUCUGAAAUUAUUGAGAUUCUACAUCCUCCUUACCGGAAUCCCUGUUGCGGUCAUUGUGACAGCCGUGAAUGUGUUUGUUGGUGAAGCUGAGCUGGCUGAAAUUCCUGAAGGCUAUGAACCUGAGCAUUGGGAGUAUUACAAGCAUCCUAUCACCAGAUGGAUCACUCGAAACUUCUUUGACUCCCCGGCGAAAGACUAUGAAAAAAUGAUGGCCCUGAUCCAUAUCGAGACUGAAAAGGCAGAGAUGAGAUUGAAACAGCAAGAGGUGCGGAAGCACAUGAGAAUGAAUGGGGAUGGGCCCUGGUUUCAGAUUGAGACGCUGGACAAGAAUCUGAUCGACCACAGUGUCAAAUCAACACCUGACAAUUAAGCACCUCAGUGUACCCAGUCUGAACUGUCACCACCCUGUGUUGAUAGAUCACUGUUUGUAAAUUAUUUUCUUCAUGACAAAAAUAAAGUGUAUGUCUAUACUCUGAAA